UUGCGUCACAAUGUUGCGACGCUUUCUCCGUCUCAGACAUGGCUUCCAGGUUGGAAAUUAAUUUUGUCAGGUUGUUGUCUCGCUGUGAAUCCAUAGCUUCGGAGAAACGAGGGGAGACUGAAUGGAGGCUGGAGAAGUAUGUUGGUGCUUUGGAGGAGAUGUUGGUGGCUCUACGAAAAAGCCAAAGCAAACCUACACCAGAGGUCCUGACAGAGUACACUAGAAAAGUUGACUUUCUGAAGGGACUUCUUGAGGCAGAGAAACUGUCUUCACCUGCAGAAAAGGCAUUAGCCAAUCAGUUCCUGGCCCCUGGACGUACGCCUACAAUACCCAACGAGAGGAUGUCAGCCACGAAAACUGUGCACAUGCAGACCAAGGCCCGGUGCACAGGGGAGAUGAGGGACGAGCUGCUGUCCACGGGAUUAUCAGGCAAAGGCACAUCAGAAUCAAACUUCCGAAAAAGAAGAGGUCUGCCUCUGGAUGAGCGACAGUCUGCUGCCGAGCUCGACGCCGUCCUUCAGCACCACCACAACCUUCAGGAGAAACUGGCUGAGGACAUGCUGAACCUGGCCCGAAAUCUGAAGAACAACACUUUGGCAGCACAGAACAUCAUCAAACAGGACAAUCAGACUCUGAGCCAGUCGAUGCGUCAGGCGGACAUGAACUUCGAGAAACUGAAGACAGAGUCAGAGCGACUGGAGCAGCACACCAAGAAGUCGGUCAACUGGCUUCUGUGGCUCAUGCUCAUCCUGGUGUCCUUCUCCUUCAUCAGCAUGAUCCUCUUCAUCAGACUGUUUCCCAGACUCAGAUGAUGACUGCUACCAUCAGUCCUGAACUCUAUAGUCUGUUUCUCCUCCUGCGUUUACAAAAGCAGUCAUUACAUAGGUCUCUGUAGAUCCAUAAAGUAUGUCUGUACGUAUGAUCAGAUGAGUCAUAGCGGUCACAACCAAAACAAUUCAGUGAAACAAACUGAAAUAUUUGCACUUUUGAAACAGAAUAAUUCUGCUUUAUGGGCUUUUUAGAGAUGGUUGAUGUGGAUUGAAGCAUCAGUACUGAUUUUUGUGGAACAGAAAUCCAAGUAAUAAGCUACAGUAUGUGUUUGGAGGACUUGCGGGAGCAGCAGAGUAGUUUUAAUAACCUCCACCACAGCAGCUGAGCCUUAACUAUGUUAUUGACUCAGCAAGUACAGUCGGUUAGAAGUAUCUUCGAAGCUCAUGAACCAGCUAUCAUUUACUAUAAACAGGACACAUCUUCACUGAAAGAGGCUGAAUUAACUGAAGAGAAAGAGAAACACUUGGCUCAAAUGGAGGUCAACUGAAGGUGUAUUUUGAAAGGCUGAGCUGAGUCAACGUUUGUCAUAAAUGUGACUAGUUUUUUCGUAGGUUCUUAUAUGAAUUAAAAAUGUGAUCAAAGAAGUGAGAAAUUUUAAAAAUGGGCUUGAUUUAAAUGAAUUACAACAAAAUUUCCUCAUCAAGUGGCAUAAAGCAAGAACAUCAGAAGGUUAUGUUGGACAGAAACUAACAUUUGUUUGAAUAAUUAUCCAUAAAAUCUAUUUAAAAAAUUUGAUCUGAAUUACGAAACAAACUAAUUCAUUAAACACAUGAAACUGAACAUUACACUUCCCUGUCAAAGGUAUCAAGGUGGGAAAUUAUUUUCCCUCAAAGUUAGUCUUUCAGUUUGCCAAAUAUUAUCCAUCAGCCUCUUUCAGAACUGAGUUCUACUGAUAUGAAUUUGGACUGAAAAUUAAAUCAAAGGUUAAAUACACUCACUGGAUGGUUGUCAGGGUUCAUCAUCUCUAAUGUUUCAUCUUGUUCAUCCCCUAUUCCGGGAGUCUUAUUUAAUGUUCCAUUUAUGUUCAAGUGGUGUUGUGUGUGUUCUAUUGUCAGUUGUGUUGGUGAUGACUGCUGAGGUAACAUUAGAUAUCAAUAAAAUGAGACUGUCCUUAUUCAA